CUCUUGCUUUCUUGUGGCUGCCUCUGUUUUUUUGUCUGGAAAUGGAAAAAGAGAUGACGUUCAAUUCAGACUUGAGGAUCACAAACUCAACCGUAGAUAUUAUUCCCACUACCAUUUGUCUGUUAAUGCCACCUCGGGUUGGCUCUAAUGGCAUUUGGGGAAACUCCUCUACCUCUGAAUGGUGGCUCAACAAUUCAUUGCCUCUCUUGGAGUUGCAGCUCUUCUUCUUCUUUCUCCUAAUGUCUAUUAUUCAUCUUCUCUUCAAGCCCUUUGGGGUCCCCAAGAUUUCCUCUCAGAUUAUUGCUGGUUUGGUAGUUGGUUGUUCAUGGGGUCCAUUGGACGACACAAAAUUCAGACUUUUUAGGAUUAACAGUGAAGAGAUCCUGGGGCUGUUAUCCUACUUCGGCUACAUGCUAUUUUUGUUCAUAACAGCAGCGAAGAUGGACGUGAGAAUGAUCUUGAAGACAGGAAGAAAAGCCUGGAUAAUCGGAAUCCCUUCAACGUUAAUUCCUAUAAUUUGUGGUUUUUGGGUUGGAUCUUAUUUCCUGGAUGGUUUAAGUCCCGCAGAGAAAAAUAGAGUCCCUGUAAUUGUUAGCAUCCAGAGUUUUAUCUCAUUCCCAGUGAUUGCUUCUCUUCUGAGCGAGCUGAAGAUGGUGAGCACAGAACUUGGGCGUUUGGGGCUGUCCUCAGCGUUGAUUGCUGACCUAUUAGGCCAAUUUGUUAUGGCGACUGCAAACCAAAUCAGAAUCUCCAGAAGCAACAUUACACUUGGCUAUUUUAACAAGGCAGGAAUUAUGGUUCAAUUUUGCCUCAUAAUUUUUGUGCUGAGGCCAUCAGUGCUUUGGAUUUUGAAACAGACCCCUGAGGGGAAGCCAGUGAGCCGUGCCACUACUCACGGUGUCUUUAUUUUGGUUCUACUUUCUGCUGUUUCUUCUGCUCUUUUGGGGCAGCCAGCAGUUUUUGGGCCUUAUCUUUUGGGGCUGGCCAUCCCAGAUGGAGCUUCUGGAUUGGGGUUCUCCCUGGUGGAGAAAAUGGAGUGCUUUGUUUCAGACUUCUUUAUGCCAUUGUUUGUCAUAACAUGUUCUCUACAGGCCGAUGUUUCCAAGAUGUUCCUUGUCUUUGCAGCUGCUGCUUUUGCAAGAAUUAACAUAAUUAUUACACUUGUCACUUAUGGAGUCAAACUGGUGUGUUGCUUCCUUUGUUCUUUGUAUUGCAAGUUGCCCUUGAGAGAUUGCUUCGUCCUGUCCCUCAUUCUUAGCUGCAAAGGUGUGGUUGAGUUGGGCUUCUACUUAGUCACCCAUCAAUACAAGAUUAUCAACCACGGGAUUCUGGCAUGGUUCAUACUGUUCUUAUUAACAAUUGCAACCUUUGUGCCACUGACAGUGAAAUGGCUCACAGACCCCAAAAGGACACACAGUAGCCAUCAGAACAGAAACAUCAUGCAUUUAAGCCCCAACUCAGAAUUGCGGAUCCUUCCCUGCAUACACAAAAACGAACACAUCUAUGGCCUCAUCCAUCUCCUCAAUCUCUCAUGUCCAACGCCGCAAAACCCGCUCGCCGUUUACGCCCUUCACCUCAUCGAGCUCGUCGGCCGCACCACCCCCAUCUUCAUUUCCCAUAGACAGGAAAACAAGGCCAUUGCCGACCAACCCUACUCAGAAAAUGUCACUCUCUCCUUUGACCACUUUGAGAAGGACAACUCUGCAGGCUCUGUCUAUGCUGAAUGCUUCACAGUAAUCACACCCCACAAGUUCAUGACCAAUGACAUCUGCAAAUUGGCGCUUGACAAGGUCACGUCUCUUAUAAUUCUGCCCUUYCACAGGACAUGGACGGCGGAUGGCCUUAUAGACCAAGAGGACAACAUGUUGAGGAAUUUGAACUGCAGUGUGCUCCAGAAGGCGGAUUGUUCAGUGGCAAUUUUUGCUGACAAAGGGCAUUUAGGGAGCRUUGCUUCUAUGGCUUCUUCUGGCACACAAUUUAGAUAUUCAGUUUGYUUGAUAUAUUUGGGAGGGAGUGAUGACAGGGAGGCAAUUUCUUUUGCCAAACGCAUGGCAAAGGAGCCCACAAUUGAGCUCACUGUGCUGAAACUUGGGUCUCCUAUGGAAGAUGGGUCGAGUAGCAAAUGGGAGAACAUGCUUGAUUCUGAGGUUCUAAAGGAUUUCAAAAUGAACUGUUUGGGGAAUGGGGGAGUGAGGUAUUUUGAGGAAGUGUGUGAUGAUGGGCCUCAAACAGCACUGACACUUAGAAAAAUUGUGAAUGAGUUUGAUCUUAUGAUAGUAGGGAGAAGAGAUGGGUUGGAAUCUCCUCAGACUGCUGGGCUUAGUGAGUGGAAUGAGUUUCCAGAGCUUGGAGUUCUUGGAGAUUUGAUUGCUUCACUUGAUAACAACACAAGAACUUCUGUGUUGGUAAUACAACAGCAGAAGUAA